CGCUGCACCACGCCGUUGUCGUGAACCGGCGUCGGAUAUCACUAGUAGUACUUCGAGUGGCAAGAUACGAUGGUAAUAAAUUCGACGUAAGAUUUGGUGUGCACCCAGCAUAGAGAUCUGUCUCCUUGUCUUUUAUUUCCUGGCCGUGCCGAUGGCGAGUUAGCACAGCAGUCUACAUGAGGCCAUUAUCUCUAGAAUGAUAUGCAUGUCAGAGUGCUUCACAACACCAUAGAAGAUAUGAUGAUGCGGCUUGAAGAGUUCGAAUCCAUAUUCGGCAUGGUUCAGUCGGAGGGUGCAGAAUGUCUUAAUGGACAAAUUCCACGCGUGCAAGUAGUACGGCAAGAAUUGACAAGCUUGUGUAGGCGCAUCGACGCCCUUGAGCAUGUCGUCGGACGGGCAAAUGUAACCCUUGUAUCCUUGGAAGCUGCUGUAGAUGCUGCCGAGGCAGAUCUGGGUGUACCCGAUUCACUCUUCAGCAAAUUGAAUCCGCUGUCCUUUUUCAAAAAGGUCCAAGAACCGGCAACCUCUACGAGAAUGCCAAUAUUCAACCCUCCAGUGCUGUACAAAACGGAAGAGUUCUUUAAUCCGGAAUAAAUUUUGGUUUACACGAUGAAUAUAGAAAUGCCACCUGACGAUAUCUCUAACCAUGAUGGGCUGAUCCAAACGGCGCUACCGCUUUCAUCAAAUCAACAAAAUUAUGUAUAAUUGGACUAAUGUAUGGAAAUUUUUAUUGUCACCUUUUCUCAUCGAAAGUGACAUUACUUCGAAACUUGAAGCAAUCGACAAGAAGCUGGUCAAGACAAGGUUCAUUCAACGUGCGUUGAAAAUCGUGUUUAGGGGCUGAAUUGUAAUUACAAUAUAUUUUGAUACUCGAAGCAGAGCAAAAACAUUUCACCCCUUGCCUCUUGCACCUGCAAUUGGCUGGUAUAAUUGAAGAAUAAAAAUAACAAUAUCGAGAAUGGA